UGGCAUUGUGGAUGGAUCUAAAUUCCAUAAUACCCAUGAGCCUCAGUUGCCAUUGCUGGGAAGAAUAAGCCAGUCUCAGGGAAAAAAUAAAAACAGUGCACCAUUUAUCAUAGCUUUAUCAUCCAUUUGCCACCAGCAACACAAACAACAGAUUUCAGGUUCUGUAACUAAAUUGUUCAUAGCAGAAUGUGCCCUGUGAGUGGUAGUAAGAACAAUGUUUUCUUACAGACUUGUUCAUCUUAUGUACUGAUUAUUAAACAAAAAGGGUUUUAUGCCUAUCUGAAAUCUGGAAGAAUGCUAAUAAAAUGCUACUACCUGUUACUGUCUUUGCAGAAAAUAAGCUUUCUUCAUCAUUCCCUCUGUCUCUCCAGCCACUAGUUCUGCCCAUCUUGAGGAUCUAGCCUAUCUGGAUGAGCAGCAGAGACACAUCCCUUCAAGGGCAUCCCUCAGAAUGCCAAGACAGAAUUCUGGGAGUAGUCGCAGUCAACAGGACCACAGAGGACAUCACGGGUUCUCUGCCUUUCCAUCACAUCUCUCUGGACAGGAUGGAAGAAAACAAUGCCAUAGACCAGGACCUGCAGGGUUACCUGAUGCAGCGGAUCCACAGUAGAGCAGAGAUCCAGAGCAAUGUAUCGCUGAGCAAUGGCCGCCUUGACAACACAGCGCUGGCCAAGCUGAUCAGCCACCUGAAGAGUCUGAGUAAAGGAUCGUACCUGUACCUGAAACUGACCCUGGACCUGAUCGAGGGAGGAUACCUGGUUCUGGUCACCAGUCAGUUGCAGGGCUGACACACAAGACAGAUAACCACACACACACACAAACACACUCACACCCAGGGGCAAUAUAGAGUAGCAAAUUAAUGUGCACGUUUCAGGGACUGUGGGAGGAAGCCAGAGUACCUUUGGAAAACCCACGCAGGUGCAGGGAGAACAUGCAAACUGUGCACAGAAGGGCCCAGACCGGGACUCGAACCCGAAACCCUCUUGCUGCAGGGUGACACUGCUAACAAACAAUUCCAGUUAAUAUUACAGAGUUAGCAACACACUCUUGUGCUGCCCAAACAAAGCCCAAAUAAGAGGAAUCCUCAAAGCCACAUGUUCAUGAAAAACAUAAUUAUAUGAUAAAUAGGCUUUCACUACAGAGGACAAAGUCUGAACGCACAUCAGGUCUCUUGUUCUUUGGGGUUUGGGGGGUUUUGCAGAACACAAAGCACACAGUUUGUGUGUGUAUAGUUAACACAGGUGCACAUGCAAACUGCUCCAAAUAACCUCAUGUAUGCAGUUUUACCUCAAUUUGCUCUUCAGUUUCACAUCUAUCAACUGAAAAUUGAAAAGCUUAUAAAAACCACAGUUUGUAAUGUGAUUAAGACAGAUCAGGUUAGAUUGCUUCAGACAUGGAUUGUACUGAAGUGCUGUUGUGGUGGACUGUACAGUGUUUUGCCCACCUCAUUCAUAACAGUAAAUGCAGUCCAGUACAAACACGAGUCUCCUCCCCUGAGUCCAGUCACCCUGCUGCUCCGGUAGACGGGCUAUGCAGACCAUGGUAUGGCCAUGAUAGUUGGCUUUUCAUCUGUAAAUGCUUUCAAAUCUUGAACUGGACUCAGUGCUGAUUGUUGAGGACUGAUGACUCCACACAGCUUGUGACAAUGACAGCAGCCAGUCAUCAUAAUUACCCUCUGCUAAUUUCCAUCACCGAUGAUGAUACACCACAAUGUUGUGACUAAUGUUAAUACCAAUUGAUCAGCACGUUGUUCUUGACUCAAACAGACCAGCUAUUGUCAAACUUUGCAAUAAAAUGAAUACUGCUGCAUUUCUAUAUAACCAACUUUACAGAGAAUCAACUUAAAAUACAUUUAGAAUUAGGUUGACAUGAAUGCUAACGUGUCACUUUUACCUGGUACACGUCAUCCGCCGUGAAUCCAGCUAAGAUUUAUUUCAGCGCCUGAUCAAUGGCUGUGGCUGUAAGUGACACGCGGCCAACUGGUCCAAUGAUUCGGGUUCUAUAUUUUCAACAUAAGAAAUGUUUUGAUGAGUCAAUCAGUAAGUCAUGUAUCAUGUCUUUCAAAAAUCAGUGUUUCUGUUACAGUGGAUAAUUUGGUUUUCAGAAGGAUUUCUACUUUCCACUCAAGAAAUGAGGUCCUAUUUCUGAUAACAGCAUCCAUCCAUCCAUUUUCUAUACCGCCUAUUCCAUCAGGGUCACAAGGGGGCUUGAGCCUAUCCCAGCUGACUACGGGCGAGUCACCAGUCAAUCACGGGGCCGACACACAAAGACAAGCAACCACUCAUGCACACACUCACUGGGCAAUGGGACAAUGUAGAGCAGCCAAUUAAC